UCGGCUGUCGUUUGCUUUGAAGAGGUUGGUACCGUUGAUACCGUUGUUGCUUGUUUGGAAGUUGUAGCACUAUUUGUGUUCAUCGUGCUUGUUUCGGUUUCCGUAGUAGUGUUCGCAUCAGUAACUGUGCUGUCAAAAUCGGCUGUCGUUUGCUUCAAAGAGGUUGAUACCGUUGUUGCUUGUUUGGAAAUUGUAGCACUGUUCGUGCUCAUCGCGCUUGUUUCGGUUUCCGUAGUAGUGUUCGCAUCAGUAACUGUGCUGUCAAAAUCGGCUGUCGUUUGCUUUGAAGAGGUUGGUACCGUUGUUGUUUGUUUGGAAGUUGUAGUGCAUUUCUUCGUGAUCGUACUUGGUGGUUCCACGGUUUCCGUAAUGUUCGCAUCAGUCGAUGUACCCGCAUCAGUAGAUAUACUCCCAACAUCAGCCGUCGUUUGCUCUGAAAACUGA